AUGAAGAUUGAAACUUGUUUAAUUGUCAUUGUAAUGAUUUGGGUUUUCGCCAUAACAGUGACACUGCCAUAUGCUAUAUUCAUGACGUAUUACGAUCUAGAUAUUGGUCGGUACUGUGAAGAGACUUGGCCUACAGAGAGAUUACGGCGAAUAUUUGGCUCCGUUACAUCUGUAUUACAAUUUGUUCUGCCUUUCAUAGUGAUUGCUUUCUGCUAUACCUGUGUCAGUUUCAAAUUGAAUGACAGGGCUAAAGCAAAAGCCGCUAGCAAAAAUUCACGGAAAGAGGAAUUGGACAAAAACAGGAAACGACGAACUAACCAAAUGCUCAUAGCUAUGGUCACUAUAUUUGGCUUAUCGUGGCUACCUCUGAAUAUUAUCAAUCUUUGCAAUGAUUAUUAUAUGUACGCCAUUCACUUGAAAUAUUAUUACUUGUUGUUUUUUAUGGGCCAUGUGAUCGCUAUGUCAUCAACUUGCUAUAAUCCUUUCAUAUACGCUUGGAUGAAUGAGAAUUUCAGAAAGGAAUUUAAGCAAUUGAUACCAUGCAUUGACUCGUCAGUGAACUUCAGGGGUAACAUGCAGUUAGAGCAGUUGGGAGUUGGUCCAUCUGAGAAAACUUUUAACGGUAAUACUACGACUGAUAGUUACUUGGGUUCUAGUUCUCAACGGGCGACGUCAUUCAGACACAAGAGGAAGCCAAGUGCAGCGGCAGACGUAGAAAAGAGUGGAGUGGAAUUAAACGAAGACUUACUAAAUGUUGAUGUGAAGCAUUGCCACAUUUCUACAAGCUACAAUCUGCGAAGAGAGUCUGUUAAGCUGAGGUUAAUAAAUGAGGAGUCAUUUGAUUCGACACCGACUCAAAGUCAAUUCUAA